AUGGCCGGCUACCCGCCUACCGGCUCUGGCUACCCCUACGGCUCCGGCGGGGGAUACGGCGCCCCGCCGCCGUACGGCUCCUCGCCCGCGCCCUCCGCGCCUCCCUACGGCACGAAGCCCCCCAAGGAAGGCAAGACCUCCUCCGGCUCCGCGCCCCCCUACUACGGCGCGCCGCCCCCCUCCCAGCCCCCCUACGGCGGUGGGGGCGGCUACGGCGCACCACCCCAGCAGUACGGGGCCCCGCCGUACGGCGGCGCCCCGCCCUACGGCGCCCCACCCGCGCCGUACGGGGGAGGAGGGCCAGCAGGGUACGGCGGCAGCCCGUUCUCGUCGCUGGUGCCCUCGGCGUUCCCGCCGGGGACCGACCCCAACGUGGUGGCCUGCUUCCAGGCCGCCGACCGCGACGGCAGCGGCAUGAUCGACGACAAGGAGCUGCAGUCCGCGCUGUCCGGGUACAACCAGAGCUUCAGCCUCCGCACCGUCCACCUCCUCAUGUACCUCUUCACCAACACCAACGUCCGCAAGAUCGGACCCAAGGAAUUUACUUCUGUGUUUUACAGUCUUCAGAACUGGAGAGAAAUAUUUGAGAGGUUUGAUCGUGAUCGAAGUGGUAGGAUUGACACAUCAGAACUGCGUGAUGCUCUUCUCAGUCUGGGAUAUUCUGUCUCUCCAACCGUCCUCGAUCUGCUUGUGUCUAAAUUUGACAAGACUGGGGGCAAGAGCAAAGCAAUUGAAUAUGAUAACUUCAUUGAAUGCUGCCUCACUGUUAAGGGACUGACUGAGAAGUUCAAGGAGAAGGACACUGCAUACUCUGGGUCGGCAACUUUUACCUACGAGGCCUUCAUGCUGACCGUGCUCCCUUUCCUCAUCGCGUAG